GGGAUGGCAAACUUCAAGGGCCACGCUCUCCCAGGGAGUUUCUUUCUACUAUUUGGGCUCUGGUGGUCAGUGAAGUUGCCACUGAAGUACUUUCACCAAAUGGGCUUGAAGAGGAGCAGACUGAGCCAGCAGCAACAGCGGAUUGAGAUCAUUGAAGGUGCAAUCAAGACUUUGUUUGCAGUCAUUGGCAUCCUGGCAGAGCAGUUUGUUCCAGAUGGGCCUCACCUGCACCUCUACAAUGAAAACCACUGGAUAAAGCUAAUGAAUUGGCAGCACAGCACCAUGUACCUAUUCUUUGGUGUCUCAGGGAUCAUCGACAUGCUCACCUACCUUUACUUCAACAUUGUGCCCCUGGGGUUAGACAGAUUGGUUCUGGCUAUAGCAGUAUUCAGUGAAGGUUUUCUCUUCCUCUUUCACGUUCAUAACCGACCUCCGCUGGACCAGCACAUCCAUUCUCUCUUGCUGUUUGGUUUGUUUGGAGGGUGUGUCAGUAUCUCUCUAGAGGUGAUCUUUCGGGAUAAUAUUGUGCUGGAGCUUUUCCGAACCAGUCUCCUGAUUUUUCAGGGAACCUGGUUCUGGCAGAUUGGAUUUGUGCUGUUCUCGCCAUUUGGAACAGAAUGGGACCAGAAGGAUAUGGACAAUAUCAUGUUCAUCACCAUGUGCUUCUGCUGGCACUACUUGGUUGCUCUUUGCAUUGUAGCCAUCAACUACACUCUUGUUUACUGCUUUCUGACUCGGGUGAAAAGAAGCACAGAAGGAGAAAUCAUUGGGAUUCAGAAGCUCAAGUCUGACCACACUUACCAGUCAGCCCUUCUGAGUGGCUCGGAUGAGGAGUGACGUCAGGCCUUGGGAGAGUGGAGGCCUCUCAUUCUUUUGAACAAUAACUGGGAAGGAUAUAGAUUGUUCCCUCUACUUCUAAGGCUUGCCUUAGUAAGCGCCUAGGGCUCCGUAUGUUGGAAAUUAGACCUCAUAUGUUUUUUUAUGUACCGUGUUAGUAGAAUCUCUAAGUAUAAUUUAACUUAAAGUCUGUAUUAGAGUAAUACCAUCUAUACAGAAAAAUGAACACCCUUCAGUAGCACUUCUGUCCUUACAGAAUUAACUUAAGGCCAUGAACACCUAUGAUAAGAAGUGCCCAUGUGGAUGAGGUAAGCUAUGAAUCUGACAGGACAG